AUGAGCAGCAACAGACCUAUCGCGGCACGGAACCGCAGCGACUCGCCCUCGACAUCGCGAAGCUUAGGAACAAGCUACAGACAGCAACACAUCGCAGCGAUCGCCGAAGAAGCCAUUGCGCAAGACCUGCAAGAUGAGGACUUCCCGGGUGACGAGGAGCAAGAUGGAGGAUUGGGAGACGGGGACCUUCUCAGCAGGAUUCAGACAGCACCUGAGAUACCCGCCAUGGGACCACACAGUAUGACAGGGCACUAUCGUCGGCCGUCGUACAUGGCUGCUACGGGGCGUCCCUUCUUGGGAGCUCAGCAGCCAGAGAGUGUGGUGCCUGUGGCGCAGGACUGGGAGGCAGCGAUUGGAGAGGAGAGGAGCUUGUUGCGAGACAAUAACAUCAUUCCACCGAAACAUCCGCGACGGAGGGAGAGUGGGGCGAGUGACAGAGGGUUGAGGAAGAUGAUUAGUACGACAUUCAGCAUUCGGAAGAGGAGUGUGCAGGCGGAGGAGGACGGGGAUGGAGAUGCUAUCUUGCCCACCGAACAGACGGCGUUGCUUGGGAAUGGUGUUGAAGGAAGGGAUCCCAAUGCGCCGUAUGGAGGAGAGGACAGCCCGGAGAAUAUCUCGAGGAAGUGGGAGGAGGCUGUUGAGGGAGGGAAGAUCCACACGAGUUGGCAAAGAGAAGCGAAGACAUUGACGAGAUAUUCGGCGCCGCUGAUCUUCACAUUCAUUCUACAGCAAUCACUCACUUUGACGAGUGUGUUCACGGUGGGACACAUUGGAAGAAAUGAGCUGGGCGCUGUGAGUUUGGGCAGCAUGACUGCAAAUAUCACCGGAUAUGCAGUGUACCAUGGACUUGCUACAUCCUUGGAUACACUCUGUGCGCAGGCCUACGGCAGUGGGAACAAGAAGCUUGUUGGCCUGUACCUGCAGAGAAUGAUCUUCUUUCUCUGGGCCAUCACAGUCCCCAUUGCGAUCCUCUGGGCUGCUUCGACACAAAUUCUCUACAAGAUCGUCCCGGAGAAGGAGAUCGCAGAGUUGGCCGGAAACUAUCUGAAAGUACUGAUUAUUGGAGCACCAGGCUAUAGCUCGUUCGAGGCUGCGAAACGAUACGUCCAAGCACAAGGCCGCUUCGACGCCACGCUCUAUGUCUUGCUCAUCGCCGCACCGCUCAACAUCCUCAUGCACUACCUCUUCGUCUGGGUGUUCAAAUGGGGCUUCAUCGGGUGUCCCAUCGCGGUCGUCACCACCGAAACCCUCAUGCCCAUCCUCCUCUUCCUGUACGUCCGCUUCGUCGGCGGAAUGGAGUGCUGGCCAGGCUUCACCCGCAAGGCGUUCAAGAACUGGGGUCCCAUGGUCCGUCUGGCCCUCCCCGGUCUUGUCAUGGUGCUCGCCGAGUUCCUUGCUUUCGAGAUCCUCACACUGGCUUCCGCACGCAUCAGUGCCACCCACCUCGCGGCAAACACGAUCCUCCAGUCCCUCAGCGUCCUGUCCUACCAGCUACCCUUCCCCCUCUCCAUCGCAGCCUCCACGCGAACCGCCAACCUCAUCGGCGCCGGCCUCCCCGCUGCGGCAAAGGUCACGACGAAAGUCACCUUCAUCAUGGGCGUGGGCGUCGGGCUAUUCAGCAUGGUCUUCCUGGCCGCGUUGAAAGACUACCUCCCCCGACUCUUCACCUCCGACGCCGACGUCGUGCUCCUCGCCGCGAACGCCCUCCCCGUCAACGCAGCCCUACAACUCUUCGACGCCCUAGCCGCGCAAGCAAACGGCCUGCUCAGAGGUCUAGGGAAACAAGAAUUCGGAGGCUACGUGAACCUCUUCGCUUACUACGUGAUCGCCCUCCCCAUCUCCUUCGGCCUGGGCUUCGGCCUGCACUGGGAUUUGAUAGGACUUUGGGCCGGUCCCGCCCUGGGACUGGCGAUUGUAGCGGGUUUCGAAAUGGUGUACAUUUACAGGACUUCGUAUGAGAAGGCUAGUGAGGAGGCGGCGAAGAGGAAUGUGCUUGGUUGA